CACGAUAUCAAAUCUAAGUCUCAGACUCGAUCAUCUCCCAUCACAUCAUUGCUACGAUUGACAAUUACUUCCGAUGUCAUGGCAGGAUCCAAGGCAUCAGGCAACCGAUCCCGUCGCACCCAUGCUUUGGGAGCCUGCAAGACCUGCCGUCGCCGGCAUGCCAAAUGCGAUCAACGGAGACCCUCGUGCCAGAUGUGCCGGGCCAGCGGGGUGACAUGUGAGGGGUUCACCGAUGAUAUUCGCUGGGUUGCUGCGCGCAAGCAUCAGUCGCCGCCGCGAUCGAGGGACUGGAAACUCAAGAAAGAUCCGGCCAAGUUGGGCCCGAGACGUCUUCUGUACACAGAGCAGUCACGGCUUUCUAUGAGUGAUGCCUUGAGCGCGGAACUGGUGUCGGGGUCUAUCGAUGCCUCCUUAGCGGAGAUCGAUAGCCGGGCGAGGGAUUCAGACCGACCUACCGAUGAAAGCAUCGUGGUCGGGCCUUUCGCCGUGCUGGAUCUGUCGGGCACGAAGCAUGAAAAGACUGCCUCGCAGCCAGAAGGAUCCAGGGACACGGAGGUCGUGAGCCCUCCGCCGGUGCCAGCACCCCUGGUUGAAACCAGCCCGGUUGUAAGCCCGUCACUGUCGCAGGACUCGAUUGCUUACAUGAAUGAUCUGCUACAAUGGUCGGAUCUCUUUAGUAUCGAUCUCCAAAUGCCAGACUCCAUGAUGUCAACGGCUUUUGACAUUGGUGAUGCUCUUUUUCUCGAGCCAGACGCACAGGCUGCUGUCAAUGGUGGUGCGGUAGUGACAACAGAUCCAAUCCUCGAUACAACUGGGGAGCAAGAAGGAACUGACCCAGUCAAUGUGCUGGCUGAUGCCCACUUUCUGCUGCGACAUUUCCAGGAUCAUGUCAUCUCGCGCAUGUCAGCUAUUCCCCUUGAGCAGAAGUCUCCGUGGAAAAUCACGAACGUGCCUUCUGCAGUGGUGACGUACAGUGAUUUGACAUUUCUAGGGUCGCAGAACAUCAGCCACGCUCGCUUGGCAAACCUGUAUUGUCUUCUAGCAUGUUCUGCACUGCAUCUGACCGUCAAUCCAUCAAUGACUACAUCAGAGUCUCGGGGCAAUUGGCAGCCAAUCGCCGAGCAUGCAUAUAAUCUCGCGAAGGACCAUAUGCAGACAUCGCUAAGACAUGAGAUUCAACCCAAAGCUGCCAAGUACAAGGAUCAGCUGAUGGCCAUCUGUGCCUUGACCGAAUUUGCUAUCAUCAGCGGCCAGCAGCAAGACGCAAGAUGCUAUAUGGUCGACGCUGAGCGACUGCUGCGCUUGCGGGGCCUCUCCAAGCGACGCAUCUCCCAGAAAGCCCGCCUCCUUCACCAUGUAUACACUUGGCUUCGAAUCAUCGGGGAAAGCACCUACACCCUACACGACUAUACCCCCUCGGAGCAUUUCAUGAACGCCUUGAAAUGCUCGUUCCGAUGCGAAAAGUCUGAUAGCAACAACAGACCCAACACCACCAGCGAACAGACCUCCCGAUUAGACGACUUCCUCCGUCUAGCCCGCGGCCCGUCCGACAGCGACCUGAACAUCAACGAACCCAAGAGCCAAGAUGUCGGUCUCCAUGAUAUCCACCUCCAAGACUCCCGUAGCUACCCAGACACUCUGUAUCACCAGAUAUACGGGAUCCCGGAGACCUGGCUGAGUCUGGUCUCCCAAACAACACGCCUAGCCAACGUGAUGGAGACCUUCCGAGUGGCCCGGCGGACACCGCAGGUCAAGAAAGCCAGCAUCGAGGCGUGGGAUGCGCUGCACCGCCGCAGCGCCCGGCUCGAGAAUAUGGUCUGCGCGUUAGCCUCGCGCAAAGUCGAGAGCGCGAGCACGUCCCCGAAUCUCUCAGAGGUGUGCUCCCAGGCGCACGAGUACCUCCUCGAGGCGCUGAACUCGGCGCUGGUCAUCUUCUUCUACCGUCGCAUUCGCGAGGUACACCCGCUGAUCCUUGAAGGCCACGUCGACAAGGUCGUCACAUCGCUCAGCAAAUUCGACGCUGCGUUGACCGAAGCAGGACAGACCGGACCGGGCACGGCGUGGCCACUGUUUAUCGCAGGGUGUGAAGCGACCACUCCCGAGCGACGGUGCGAGGUUCUGAAGCUGCUGGACAAGGGAGAAGCGCGGUGCGGGUUUGCGGGGUUCCGCGUUGCGCGCGAGGUCAUGAAAAAGGUCUGGACGCAGCAGGACGAGCACAUCACUUCCAGUCGCGGCGAGUCCAUUCCGACAUGGUUGGACGUGACCAAGCAAGGGCAGAUCUGGCCUAUCCUUGCUUAG